CAGCCACAUUAAUCCAAUCUCCAUCAUCAAUCCACCUCCAUAUGGCUAUAUAAACCCAGUUUCUUUCUCAUCCUAUGGACCCAGAAACCAAAAUAUAGAAUAAGGCGUGUAUAGAAACAAAAGCAUAAGAUGGAGGCCAAGACUGCGACUCCUGCGGAUAGAGUGUACGUAGAAUUUGAGCCAUCAAUGGAGUGGGCAUGGGAUGACAAAUGGGGCACUCUCCUCCUCUAUUUACCAGGUUUUUCUAAGCAGCAUUUGAGAGUCCAGGUGACUUCAUCUGGGAUGCUGAAGCUCAGUGGAGAACGUCCAAUUGGGGGUGAAAGAUGGAAUCGAUUCUACAAGGAAGUUCAAAUUCCAAGGAACUGCGACACUAAUGCAAUCAUUGCCAAGUUUGAGAACGGUAUACUUUAUGUUCAAUUUCCAAAGGUUAUCAGCACUCCAGCUGAACAACAAGAUACUGUGACACAGCCUCCUAAACCUCAAAAGCCUGCCAACCAGCCAGAGUCUCAAAGGGAGCCUGCCAAAGAACCUCAAAAACCUGUAAAUGAGCCACUUUCUGAUAAGGCAUCACAACCCCAAAUGCCUAAGAAUGAACCACAUUCUCAAGGGGAGCCAAAAGAGGUUCCAAAACAAAAGCCUGCUGAUGAACCAUAUACUCCAAGGGAUCAGAAAACAAAACCCAAGGCUAAAACUUCAGACAACACAAGCCCUGAAGAUGGGAAGAAUGGUGUCUUCACUGAAACCAACAAUGCUCCCAAGAAGACGUUGGAGAAGGGGGAUGAUGAGCUGGGCAAAGAGGGAAAGGACAUAAGAGGAGCAAGUGAACGACAAGGAAAUAUUAGUGAUUCUGAGAAGGCCACAAAGUUGGAUCAAGAAGCUCAUUCAACUGCAUGUGGAAGUGGUAACUUUGCCGUUGAAAAUUAUACAAAGGUAGUUGGAAGUCUGGCCAGGGAUCUGAGGCAAGGAGGAAAAUUGUUCAACUUUGCAGUUACUGUUCUAGUGGCUCUGCUACUUGGCCUUUAUUUUGGCAACAUGAUUAAAUCCUCUGAAAAACCUAAAAUCUAAAGCUUGUGACCAUGGGAUCACAUGACUUUGUUAUGCAUGAAUUUAAUAAAGGCCUGCUUCCUGCUUUCCAGUGUUGAAGAAUAUUUCUGGGAAACUAAUCCAAUAUGUGUAUAUGUUAGUUUCAAUUAAGAACAGAGCGAUGUUUUAUACAUCAAUUGGCUAGCUCCAUCAUUUAUGUAGAA